GCAGUUAAAAGGAGACACCGCCUGAGUUCCCCAGCUGUCCGGGUCCGAAGUUCCUUCCACCCUUCUUGGUCUCCGACGCCAUGUGUGCUGCUCGGCUAGCGGCUGCGGCCCAAUCCGUGUACGCCUUCUCGGCGCGCCCGCUGGCCGGCGGGGAGCCUGUGAGCCUGGGUUCCCUGCGGGGCAAGGUGCUGCUCAUUGAGAAUGUAGCGUCCCUCUGAGGCACCACUGUCCGGGACUAUACAGAGAUGAACGAGCUGCAGCAGCGCCUUGGACCCCGAGGCCUGGUCGUGCUUGGCUUCCCGUGCAACCAGUUUGGGCAUCAGGAAAAUGCCAAGAACGAAGAGAUUCUGAAUAUCCUCAAGCACGUCCGACCCGGCGGAGGGUUUGAGCCCAACUUCACUCUCUUUGAGAAGUGCGAGGUGAAUGGUGCGAAGGCUCACCCGCUCUUUGCCUUUCUGCGGGAAGCCCUGCCAGCGCCCAGCGACGACGCCACUGCACUCAUGACUGACCCCAAGUUAAUUACCUGGUCCCCGGUGUGCCGCAAUGACAUUGCGUGGAACUUUGAGAAGUUCCUCGUGGGUCCUGAUGGUGUGCCUGUUCGCAGAUACAGCCGUCGCUUUCCAACCAUCGACAUCGAGCCAGACAUAGAAGCCCUGCUAUCCUAAGGGGUCCCUCCUGCACCAGCUGCCUGACAGUAAUAGCGCUGCUCUCUGGGGGGGUUUCAUUCAUGAUAGUGUUACCUCUAAACUUGCAUGGGGGAACACCUGAUGCCCCAGAAAAUCCCCUGAGAUGGGCGCUGAUACUGUCCAUCCCAACCUCCCCUCUACCAGACCAAGAUGAGUUGUCUCACUAAUAAAGUGCUGGGUGUCAGCAGAA